ACAGUUCAGCGUUGGCUGUCGUCGCGAUUGGUUAUCUCGUGCUUUUCCGUUAUCACGUUAGUUAUUCCUUACAUAGGACAUAUGUCGCGUGCGAAAUAAAAAGAAAGAGAAGGUGUACAAUAAACGAGAAAGGAAGUCGCAGAAAGAGAAAGAGAAAGAGAAGAGUAUCGUAACAAAUAAAUAAUUAAUCUUGUUAACGUUAUACUUAUAAAAGCGUAUUCGAGUAAUGUUAGGAUACGUGUACGCGGGUGCACGCGCGCGCGCGUGUUAAACCGCGCGAGACGAAGAACACUUUCUUAGCCGUUACGUGUUGCUUGAGACUUACAUAUAACGAGAAAGGUACAGAAUAGAAACCGUAGAGAGAGGAACAAGGAAAGAAAAGCGAGAGAGAGAGAAAGAGAGAGACACAGGGAGAUAGAGAAAGAAAGAAAGAGAGGACGAUAAUGCGGACUUGGUGUUUCCGCCUAGUUCGACACAACGUCGACAAAGACGACGACAACAAUCCAGACGAAUUUCGACGGAUAUAUUCGUGAUUCAAUAGAAAAAGUAUCGGUAGUUACCGAUCGAAAAGAAGAUGUACGAAGCAACGUCGUAUUUGUUGCUGAGAGUAUGUUUAGGAGCUAUUUUAUUGGUCUUCGCUGGUGGAGUGACAACAUCGAGCGUGUCAGAAAAGUUUAUUGAACUAUCGAAUAAGAAUGGCGAUUUGGAAUCAUCGUCAUUGGUUGUAGCUAAUCCAGUUAAAGUCAAUCAAAAAGAAGAAGAAGAAAAUGGCGGUGAUUUGAAAGCAAAAGGUUUGAAAUUAUCCGAUUUCGAGGAUGAAGAUCGUAAGAAGAAAGGAUCGAAAGAAGAGAAAACAGAAGAAGAAAAAGAAGAAAAAACGCAAACGACGAUUUCUACGGUAAUUAACGAAACUGAUGGUGACAUAGUUGAAGAUACAGAAACUAUUAGCAGUAUCGCAACGACAACGAUCGAGUCUACUUCGUCAUCUCCAUUUUUGGACAAUGAAUUAGGCUCGUUCGAUCGAAUGGAAAAGCUAAACGUAGAUAAAUACGUCGAGGAAGGGAAAAAUGUAGACAAUAUAAAAAAUGUCUCGAUGAAUUUCAACGAAACUAAAUCAACAACGAUUAUUCCAGUACCAACGUUACCUGUUGUGUCAUCAUCGUCCAUGUCCAACGUAAUUGCCGAAAAGGAAUUAUUGGAGUCGAGUAAAAUUAAUCUAAGCAUUGCUACGACAACAAGAGACGCAUCGAUUUACGAGAACACGAUUGGUCGAAAGGAUUCUGAAAAAAAGCUGAUAGUAACCGAGCCUUCGGUUGUUUUAGAGAAUAGUAUUCAACAAUCAGGAGCAUUCGAAAGUAGUUAUAAAACUGUAAAUAAUUCAACAAUCGAGUCUACCAGUUCGUUAUCUUUGUCAAGCAGCAGUAGCAGCAGCAGCAGCAGCAGCAGCAGCAGCAGCAGUACAUCGACCGAAUCUUCAUCUAUUGGAACUCUCACAAUUGGGACUCUAACAACAGAAACAUCGUUUCCUUACGUUCAAUCGGAGAGCGAUGAUCCUAACGAUUUAACAGGAAACGGUAUAACUGAAAGUACUAAUUCAAAUACAAUCGUAUCAAUGACCACUACUGUCCCCGUUGAUUCCUCCAUGUUAGAUACGAAAACUACCGACACUCCAACUAGCAAAUCAACUCUUACAGAUGAUUAUUAUUCGACUCUUGGUACUGGUAUCGAUAACGAUUUUUCUACGGAAACUACAAUCGAAUCCUCUGAUCAAUCUUCCGUUAAUCCAACGACUAGUUCCUCGUCUUAUUCCGGUAAUACUGUUGAAUACAAAUUUGUUACAUUAACGGAAAAUAAUAGAAACUCUUUCACAACGACAACCUUGGCUAUCGAAGAGACGUUGUCUAUAGAUCAUGAACAGACUGAUAUCAACAUUAGUAACAAUGUCUCCGAUUCGAAAGAAAGUACAAGAAGUUUUUCAGAAAUUGCAUCGUGGCCUAGAUCGACUUCGGUUGAACGUACUUUACCUGUUACACCUUCGCCAAACGCGAUUAUCACUAGCAGUACGAUUAGAAGUACACUUAGCAGUACAGAAAACAACAUGAUGACCAGUGUUGAAAGUACUACUGAGAAUUUAGACGCAACGCCACUCGUAAACGUUGUUACUUUAGAUCUUCCAAGUAGUACCUUUGUUACAACGUUCCCUGACGACAAGUUACUAGGUGAUAAGAAAUCUGUUGAUGUAGGCAUCCCUACAACUACUGUUGCCACCAUCUUGGAAGCAUUACCAUCAGACGAAAUUACAUCUCUGGUUAGAAUAAUACUUGAGAGUAAUAGACACAACGUUUGUCCACGUCUCGAAGAACUUCGACAAUUUCUUGCUGAUAUCUUGUCUAAAGGUUUGGAUAAAGUCAUUCUGGCGAAACAAGUUAGAUUUCAUAAAAACCCAUGUACCGAAUCGGAUAACUCAAAAGAUAAUUCAUCGUCCGAAGAAUCUUUUUUUACCAUAUACGUUUACGUCGUUAAUGAAAAUGGUAGAUUCGAUGCCGCGAUGACUAAGAUCUUACCAAAUUUCUACAAAUCGUCUGUAUCAAAUUUUCCAAUAACCAUACACAGUCUUGUCCUAGUACAGGAAAUAGAUUCUAGCAACGCAAUAGCUGUCGUUGUGGUUUCGUCAGUAGCAUUCAUCUGUCUACUUCUUCUUGCUGGCCUUCUGUUCGUUAUGAGAAAAAGACAAACGAGAUUCAAUUAUGGCGAACGAUGUCGACCUGUAUCUUUGGAUGCCUAUAGUUUGGACAGUGUAUCUGCUUAUAACAGUGUUAGGCGAAAAGGCGUUGCUAGAUCAUCCAAAAGAAGUUAUGGUAAUCCUGCUUUUGAAGAUUCAACUGCAGUUCCAUCUCACCCAUUGAAUUUCACUGGACUUACUUCUUUCUCAAACGACGUUGAUGCCAUUAACGAAGAAUUUUUAAGUAUACCCCAAGUUUCCGCUAAGAUGGACGAACUUCCUUUGGGUGCUGAAGUGAAGAAUAGAUAUGCGAAUGUAAUACCACUUCCAGAAAGUAGAGUACCGUUGAAAAAACUCAACGAUGAUCCUCUUUCGGAAUACAUUAAUGCCAGUUACGUUCGAGGUCCUAAAAAUGCGACAAAAUAUUAUAUUGCUUGUCAAGCACCUUUGGAUACAACCGUCACUGAUUUUUGGCGUAUGAUUUGGGAACAACAAUCUAAAGUGAUCAUUAUGUUGACUGAUCUUUUUGAAAACGGGGUUGAAAAGUGUACCGAAUAUAUACCACCUUCCGAAGUGACCGAUUGUCAUAGAUUGUACGGUGAUUUUCAAGUGACGUUAAAGAAACGAGAAACCAAAGAGAAAUAUGCUAUAUCGACGUUACACUUGAAAAAUUUAGAAAAUAAUACGUUCAGAGAAGUAUACCAUAUUUGGUACUUAUGGCCAGCCAGUGGCGUCCAAACGGACGGUGCAGGACUUAUUGCUGUACUUCUCGAAGGCAGAGCCCUUCAAAGAGGUGGUCCAGGUCCUAUAGUGGUCCAUUGUAGUCCUGGUACAGGUCGUACCGGGACAUUGAUAGCAUUGGACUUGGGAAUUAGGCAGUAUGAAAUUACACGAACGGUAGAUGUCCCAAGAGUGGUUUAUACGAUAAGAAGAGAUAGAGCUGGGGCUGUGCAAACUAAAGAACAGUAUGCUUUUAUAUAUAAGGCCUUGAAUUUAUAUGCAACCAAACUUGCUGGAGGUAUGCUGGAAUCAACAUAAACCAUUCGAAAAGUAUAAAUUAAUUUUGGUCUAAGAAAUUCGGCGAGUGCUGCAAAGGAAUGUUAAGAUUAAUUUCAUAGUAAUCUUUAUCGUUGGUGGUAGUUAAAGAAGGACAGAUAGACCAUUCUUUUGUAUUCCAGUUAACUGGAGUAAAGAAAACAAGACAAAUAUAGAUAAUUAACGAGUAUUAAACGUUACCUAACGAUCGGUAAUCAAAGAUCGAGUGAAAGGCUGAAUGAUACUUGUGAUAUGUGGACCAUUCGUUGAUAUUCAUUAUUAUGCAUAUAUCAUACGUGAUUCAAUUAUAUCGCGUUAUAUUUUUUACUUACGGCCUGAUGAAUACAACUUUUUAUCUCCUUUGAUAAGAAUUUACCGAUCUCUCUUUGGUGGAAGUAUUCAGUAUUAAGGUAUUCUAUUUUUAUGAUAGAAACUAGGUCGAGAAAGAAAAAAAUUUUUUGCGCAAUUAGUAUUAACAAAAAUAACGAAAACAAAAUUGACGCGACUAGCUUCAAUAUUUUUUUUCUUGUUUUUCUCUCUCUCUCUCUCUCUCUUUUUUUUUUUUUUUUUUUUAGAGAAAGAAUAUAGGUAGAAGCAUAUUUAUAAGCGAAAUGACAGAAUGUAUUUUAUUUAAUCUUUUUUUGUUUUUCAAUGUUUCAAUGUUUUCAAUUCUUUACACCCAUUGUUUUUCUUGUAUUCGACAAUUUUUCAUAUUUUAAGAAGCUUAUUGUGUAAUCCUAAACGAUGCGCUCUCUUUCUUUUUAAAUCAGUUCGCAGAGAUUGCAAAAGCUAUUCUGAAUUUAUUGCCGUCGUGAUAUGAAUAUAUUUUUCUUUUCUUUUUUUUUUUUUCGUUGUUACUAUUGUUAUUGUUAUUGUUAUCUGUGUAUAAAGGUAUAUCCCCAAUUCGUAGCACAUUGCUCUCUAUAAUUGUACAUAAGUAAUAAAGAAAUGCAGAGGCACGUUGAUUGAA